AUGACCGUCAGCCAACGUUCCGUCCAGGGCCCUGAGCCGACCCCGACUGAUGAAAAGAGCGCUCAGAGCAAAGAAUCUUCGGGGCAAGAGGGUGUCAUCAAAGGUAGGACCAAACGAGACAACGCGAUAUGGCAGAAUGUUAUCCGCACAGUCGAACACGACAUCGCCAAGGAGACCGAAGGCAACUGUUUGGAGAACAAUCGAGCCGUUCUCGCUUUCAUUCAGGAGCACGGAUAUCCAGACGGAAAAGCAUGGGACGAAGGGGACCCCGAAUACAGGAUAUGGGCCAUGGAUGGCUUGGCGAGAUGGAGGGAUAUUGUGUGCUCCCGCCGAGGCGUUUUCAACCGAGGUGUCAACAAAGGUGACGAUAACUGCUGA